AUGGCGCCAGCCGCGAGCGGCCGACGUGCGCGCUGCGCCCCGGUGCCGCUGGCGAUCGCGGCGCUCCUGGCAAUGAUCUGCGCCGCUGCGGCGGCGUCUCCCAAGUGGACGUUCUUCAUCUACAUGCUUGCCGACAACGACUUGGAGUGCUUCGCUAUCGACGACAUGGCGGAGCUCAUGCGCGGCAUGGCCCGCGAGCCCGCCACCGGCUGCACCACGGCCGCAUGCGGCGCCGCGUGCGGCGACGGGCUUGCGGCGGUGUCCUCGUCAGCGUGCAGCGACGGCAGCAGCAGCCUGCGCUGCUGCCCCGCGGCGUACUACCCCGAUGUCUUCCUGUGGGUCGACCGCGGCGCGUCGUCCUGCUUCGUUGACCAGUCCAACGCGGCGGGCCUGGACACCAGCUUGCUGACCAGUAGCUGGUCAAACGUGCGGGAGCUGCAGCUGCUGCCAGCUGCGGCAACGGUAGCGACGGCAGCGGGCGGCAGUGGCGGCGAAGGCACCGGCAGUGGAGGUGGAGGCGGCAAGUGGGUGCAGCGAACCUCGUACGCCGAGCUCGACAUGUCAACCUCGGACACCCUCAACGCCUUCCUCCAGAGCGGCCUUGCCGCGUUCCCGCCGGCCGCCGACCGGCGCCAUGCGCUAGUGUUUUGGAACCACGGCAGCGGGUGGUAUGGGUACGGCAUCGACCACACCUGCAGCCCCCUCAAGGCGUACUCUGACAAAGCCUGCGACAUGAUGACUAUGGGCACCAUCGUGCAGGGGCUGUCCAAGGGGCUGAUCUACCCGCCCGGCUCCCAAACCUCGUACAAGCUCGACAUCAUCGGCUUCGACGCAUGCCUCAUGGCGAUGUACGAGGUUGCGGCGGCGCUCGCGCCGUACAGCAAAUUCCUGCUCGGGUCGGAGCUGCUGGAGCCGGGGUCCGGGUGGGACUACAAAGUCUUGGGAAACGUGACGGCGUCGGCGGCGGCGGGGGUGGUAGUGGAAGCUGCCGACCUGGGGCAGAUGGUGGUUCGCACCUACAUGCAGACGUCGGUGCAGAUGGGCAGCGUGGGGCUGGCGCUGUCCCUGGUCGACCUGGCCGCGGCCGCGCAGCUGGAGUCGGACCUGACGGCGCUCGCGCGCUCUAUGACUGCCCUCCUGCAGGGCGCCAGCGGCAAUACCACGGGGCUGGCGCUGCUGCAGCAGCGCACGCGCCUCGGCGCAAUCGCCGGCGCCGAAGAGAACGUCGACCUCGGGGCGCUGCUCGGUCGCCUGGCGGGCCUCUUCUCGCGCUCCAAGUCUGUGGGCGUGCUGUCGCUUGUCAGCGCGGCGCAGGCGUCGUACGCGGCGGCGGUGGUCUACUCUCUGAGGGAUAGCGAGCUCCCAGACGGCACCGGCAUGGCGAUCUACUUCCCUGCAACCCGCGUCGCCUACGACCCAUACUAUGCGAAAUUCGCCGCGGCGUUCCCCUCGGCCAUGGCAGACUGGGAUCGCUUCCUCGGGGCGAUCUACAACCUCGGAGACGCGAUAGCCUCCAAUGCUGGAGGUGUCGACUUCCAGUUCGUGGAGCCCUUUGCCGUCCCCUAUUGGUCCCACCCCGCGCGCGCCUGGGUCACGCACGGCUCCAUCACGGCCCCGCUGGGGCUGACGGCCACCCUCAUGUACGGCUUCUCCUCUCCUGACGGCGCCGGCAGGGUGAUGGCGGGGUCGGUCGGCGGCGCGGUGUCUGAAGCGGCGGCGAGCGGGGCGUGGACGGGGUACCUGUUCGGCCUGGUGCAGGACCUGAACACCAGCGAUUCUGAUGUGGACGCGCUGUCCCUUGCCUAUGCUGACGAGGACAGGCAGUACGCGGCGGACGGGUCGCUGGCUGCCAUGAACCUGCAGGUCCAGGUCUUUUAUGCUGGAAGCUGCCAGUCGGCUGUGAAGGACCUGCGAGUUGGCAUGAUCAAGUACUCCCUCAACGCAACCACUGGGAAGAGCAGCAUGCGCCUGUUUGUCACCAGCACCAACGACGCGACCGGCACGUGGGGCGAGGUGUCCGCGCAGCAGGGCGGCGUCGUCAUCCCAAAGCUAGGCAAGGUCUGGGUCAGCUCUACAGGCCAAGCAAUGAGCGGCAGCUCCUUCGGCUACUCCUCCUGCCUCAAGUGGGGCUACGGCGGGACCAUCGACGUCGCGGCCUUCAACGUGCAGCAGGCGGCGGACGUGCUGGGCCUUGACCUGACGAAGGACCUGAUGACGCGAUUAGUCGUGGACGCCCUGGACGGCUCCUCGGCCUCUCUGGCCGGCCUCUUCCAGCCAGCGCAGCACACCAAGGCCGGCUGCCAGUGCUCCCAGCUGUGGCCCUACACCUAUGCUAACGGCACGUCCAUCCUCGUUCCGGGCACGUGCAUCAACCCCACAAACGCCCCUGGCGGCGCCUGGUGCGUCUUCGAGCCCAACAGCUGCCCGCAAGGCGCCCAAACAGCCGGCACCGACUGGGACUACUGCCCCCAGGCCACGACGCUGUCCGGCUGCAAGUGUUCCCGCGCGUACCGCUUUCAGGACAAGGUGUACUACGGGACGUGCACCAGUGCCGACAACGACCCAUUCGGCGCCUGGUGCCUCGUCGACACCGCCUCCUGCCCCAGCGCGGCGCGAGCCCACGGGCUGUACGACAGCCCCGUUGACUUUGACUACUGCCAGGCCGUGACGCAGCAGGGCUGCUUCUGCUCCAACACCUGGAGCUUUGGUGGGGUCACCUACAACGGCACCUGCAGGACAGGCCUGCCCGCCGACCGCUCGAGCCCCCUGAUUGAUUCCAACACCACUUGGUGCUACGUCGACCCGGCCACCUGCCCGUAUGCAAAGCACCUCGACGGCUACGCAUUUGACAUUUGCGCCCCCAAGCCCGGCCGCGUGACAGACACGGGGGCCGCCUGCCAGCUUCCCGUCAGCUACUCGGGGGUGCCGGUCUACGACUGCCUCACAUACAACAUGACAGAUUAUGCGAUCGUGGGCGGCCAGGACCCCUGGUGCUUCACAGACGCCACGUCGGGGGCGUGGGGCGCCUGCCAGCCGCUGACGUGCUCCCAAGGCGUCCGCCGCGCCUGCCCCGCCGGCGCGCCGCCGGGCGCCGGCGCGGCCGCCGACGCCUACGCGCCGUGGGCGGCGCCGGCCUGCGUGGACGCGCUGUGCGGCGCGCGCGCGGCUCUGGCAAACAUCUCUGCCUGCGUCAACGACACGGAUGCAGAGAAGUCCGCUUUGUCAACAGCGUUCGACCUCCUAAACGCCAGCCAGGACUUCGCAACUGCCCUCGCCGCGUCGCCUGCGCCGGCGCCGUCGCUCUCGGCGUACUGCGACGCCCAGUACGGCCAGCUCUGCGUCGAUGACGUCAUCGCGCCCGCGUGCCCGUCCGUCUUCCGGUCCGACAACUACUGGAUGGUGCGGACCACACAGUCGACGCUGUGCGACGCGGGGUGCCUGGCGGCGCUGUGCGGGCUGCAGCAGCGGCGGCGCCACUUCAACGCGUCGACGGGGGCGGCGUGCGCAGACGCCGACCUGGAGAUGCUGAUCAGGUGA